AUGGUGAUAACUAUUCUAUGUGGAUUUAUUCUCUUUCAUGUUUUCAAAGGCGCCUCCUCAUUUAAUGUCGAUAUAAAUGCUCCGGUUAUUAAAACAGGUAGUGCUGACUCUUUAUUCGGAUUUUCUGUGAUGGGACACACUCAUGCGAAUGGCACCAAAGGAAUACUAACUGGCUCGCCAAGGGCUGGAGUAGAUGGCGAAUUAUAUUGGUGUUCUCUGUCGCAAAGAAUUUGUGUAAAAAUAUCUGUCGAUAUUGCUGAGUUGGCCAGAAAACUUGACGAUGAUGUUAUAAGUGGUGCAUUAUUCGGGUAUUCGAUGUCCUCCCUGAGUGUACACGUGCCAUCUAAUGUAACGGUUUGUGCACCCAGGUUAACCCGAUCUGCAGUCUCCCUAGUAUAUGUCAGUGGGGGUUGUUUCGAAUUGGAUUCUCAGCUACGAAGUGCAAAGGUCCAUAUGCCUUCUAUGCUGGCCUGUCAAGGAAUUCAGGAGGCCGCAAAAUCUAUUGAUUUAAGACACUGUACUAUGGGAGCAUCUGUUGGACAACAUCCGAGUAUACCUGAGGAGUUGUACAUGGGUGGACCAUACUUCUACUAUGCAAAAGGAUUGGGACUUGUCAUGGAUACGAAAGAGUACAGAAGAAUGCUCACCUCAAUCGAUGGACUUCCCCCCAACUCACUUGUCGGAUCAUCCCUCGACGUAUCUGAUCGUAUAUUCGCUGCAAGACCUGACGCUCAGCCGACCGUACAUGUCGCUUACGGUGGUCCCGGAGUUCCUGUGAUGAAUGAUGCCAGCGAAACGAUGGGCACCGGCAUGGUCCUCCUAUUUCCCAAUCGCUUGCGGAAUGAGGAGACCAGCAUCAGCCCUGUGUCUGUGGUACGCGGUCAGCGGUUUGGUAGCCGCUUCGGGCAUUGUGUCCUGCUGCUUGACGUUGACGGUGAUGGCUGGGACGACUUGAUCGUUGGUGCCCCCUAUCAGCAGCUGAAAGCCGCGCAGGGUAGCCUGCCAGAAUAUGGAGCUGUACACAUCUUCAUUAACCGGCAAAGAACAUUCAAUUCCCCAGUAGAUGAUUCUGCCGGACUUGACCCGUUUGACUACGAGCCCCAGGGAGCACAUCAAUUGCUUACUCCGACGGGUCUACCCAAAGAGUGCAAGAUUUCCUCGUUAUCCGGCUAUGGGGCCACCGUUGCCAAAAUUGGGGAUAUCAAUCACGAUGGAUUGCAAGAUUUCGCCGUUGGUGCUCCAUUUGAGGAUGAUGGUGGUGCGGUAUUUCUGUACCACGGGACAAGAACAGGGAAGAUCGGGUUACCGGCACAGGUGAUCUGCACAGCCACUUUGGACUCACAACUUGGAGACGGUACAUUAAAAGGGCUCGGUUUCUCCAUCGGUUUGAAGGGGCUAGAUGUGGACAAUAAUGGCUACUCGGAUGUGGCAAUUGGGGCACCACUCUCUAGCACCGUGGUCGUUCUGAGGACGAGACCAAUAAUCAGAUUCAGCGUGCAUGUUGUUCUCGAGGACGGCACCACCGUGAUAAGGGGAAACCUGGACCAACUCCGUGAUUGCACUGCAGAGGCGUCCACUUUGCAAGGUUACAAGGCUUCUAAAGUGCGUUGUCUCGAGGCAAAAGUCUUUUUUACCUACACUAGUAUUGAUGGUGUGCCAUGUUCAAUAAACAAGCAAUAUAAGGUAUCCUCGCUUAUCAAAGCUGACCGGAUUCCGGCCCGGUUACACGAGUCGGAUUCAGCCGCGAUGCCGUUCGUGCCUAAGAAGCCUGAUGGAAGCGACCAAUGCAAAUCCAGCGGGAUGUUGUUGCAGCGAAAUUCUACAGUGGUUAAUGACUUCCAUCGAACAGUAUCAUUUGCUCCGGUGAGCCUCAUCGGAGAGAGGAGCAUACGAGAACUUGGAACAGAAGCCGAACGGAUUCUCUUGAAGGGCAACCAGGAACGCCUAGCUGAUCUUGAUAGCCAUGGGGGAUACUUGCUGCUUAAUUUGCAGGCUACCUGCAGGGAGCUGUCUAGUGAAAAGUCGACUAGUACACCGACUCCUGAAGAACUGUCACACGCAGCGCCCGUUCGAAUCGCUUUUCGAGAUACAAACUUCGUCGACCAAACCAAGCCAGUAUCGAUCGGCGCUAUAUGGUUGGCUGAUACACCCGCACCCUAUCCCACAGCCAGCAACAUGGAUGAAUUUCCUGUUGCAAACCCACGUGAGAACAAGCAAUUGAUGAAUCUCUCUUUCGACAAUCGAUGUUCUACCAAGGUUUGCUGUCCUACACUACGGAUUAGCUAUUCAGUGAAUGUCACACGGGACAAACAUGGUCCGGUGGUCUAUGUUGGUGAUGAUAAAACGCAAACAAUCUCUCUGCAAGCCAGUGUUACCAAUGUCGGAGAGGACCCGGCUUACACGAUUACAUUGGUUAGCACUUAUCCACCUGAUCUGUUGGAAUUAGACCCUAGAGCCGUCGCUGCGAUUCGUAUCACAGAGAACACUGCUGGAUGCCACCUCGGGAAUCCAUUAUGGCCGGGUUCUACAAUGAGUUGUUCUCUCCGCUGGCUUGUCGUUGGUCAUCAAUUAACAGUACAACUGCCGAAUUUUACGGUGAAUAGCACUGUUUUGACUGGCUCAAGUCCUUCUUUGGCGGUAGAUGGAUCAUUCAAACACGAACUACGGGUCAACAUCAAGAUGAUCGCCAACGUCUCUGUGACAGGAAUUGUGGAACCAAAUACUGUCUAUUUUUCUGGAAACGUGACGGACGGCAUUAGCUCCAUCUCGGCGGAAAAUCAGAUGAGCGAUUCUCGACUGUUGAUCAGAUUCACCGUUAUCAAUCUGCGCAAACACAGCCUGAUUCCCUCGUCUCGAUUAGUCAUCGACUGGCCCUACGAAAUUGCCGGAGAUCCCGAUGAACCGCACGGGAAGUACAUGCUGUACUUGCUCGAAGCUCCAUACGUAACGCAGCAUCAACUCAUGUUACCAGGAGAGUCUGGAGUGAACACCACGACCACUGUCAAGUGCGAUUCACGGGCCCUCACUCAUCUGGUAAACCCUCAUGGCUAUCGUAUAUUUCGAUUUCUCAGACCAUCUUCGGAAAGUGUUCCUGUAUUGCUUGGCCCCGUGGAUUUACCUGGUAACCAUUCAACAACGUAUGCAUUUUUAAAGCCUGGUUACGACAAAGAGCCGGUCCCUACAAGACUUACUGAUAUUGAGAAGCGAGAGAAGAGAAUAAUGACCAAUAUCAGCUGUUACAACGGUCGGCUGCGCUGCGUCCCCAUAUCCUGUGACUUGGGCAAGUUAUCUUACAAAGCCGGCCCAAUCACUCUGGAAUUGCAAGCCAGGCUGUGGGAUAACACAUUGCGCGAGGACUUCAAACCAUUCUUCCUAACAAAUCUUCGAAUUUCAGCAACCUGGAAGGCCGACGUGAAGUACGGAAUCGAUCUAGGUGAUUCAGAUCACGCAAGUGCCAUGAUCGAGUUGUCGAUAUUUAAUAAUCUGGAACCAAAACCGAUUGUACCGAAAUAUAUGGCGUUGUACAUUGGGUUGGCUGUCUUUGGUGGCAUUUUGCUGCUUGCCAUAAUCGUCAUCAUUUUGAAAAAGGCCGGGUUCUUUAAACGUAGAAGAUUUAUUCGGAGACCGAAAAAGGACCUGAAAAACCAAACGAAACCAGAUUAUCAAAAAUCAGUCACUGAAAGGGAACCUUUGUACACGUCGGAGCAAAUAGGUUCGCAGCAAUACGAAAGAAGAAGACCUUAUAUGACUGAUUAUCGACCACACCCAGGACCCUAUAUUCAGAGUCACACAGGAUCUACCCAUGGGCACGCUGGCUCUGGAUACACUCAUGGCCCACGCACCCAACAGACUUCAGAUGGAUUCCCCAGAGAAACAAACAACUUCACACAUUACCGAUGAGAGGGAUUAACUUCUUUUGUAUCAUUAUACCAUUGCCACAUUCUCAAAAUGACAAGUAUGUCGCUGCGCUACCAUUGCCACUGCGUGGCGAGUCAUGACUUUUCAUGCUCACUGAACUUCGAAGUGACGUUUUUGUUAUAUCAGACAACAAUGAAAACCCCCUCGAUAAACGAAGUCGUCCAUCCUGGAAACGAGCUAUGCACAUGUGGACCAGAAUAAAAAUCUUACAUAUC